CCUUUUCAUAUGUCCCGGCGAGACGUUGCAGACUGAGCGUGUGUUUACAUAGAGGAUGGCUCAGUGCUCAGGUGCAGGCAGUGGGCUCUAGGAACCAGUCAAGCAGGCAACAGAACCAGUUUAUUUACCCAGACAACAGAGCACUCUGCUGGGCUUGUGGCUGGAGCUUAAGCCCCUUCUUGGACCUCCACCCUGGAGAUCUACUAACAUAUCUGUAAUGUUUAUACAUUAUUUUUAAUCAAGAGGACAAUUUCACCUGACUGUGGAUCAUAUAAAUAUAUUUUUUUUGUAUUUGCUAUAAUUGGCACUUGUUUUGCACUUUGAACAUUGAGCAGUGGAAGCAGCUGCCUUCACAGCAGUGGAGCUUGAGGAGUUGAAACAGAGGAGUAUGUCCUGUCUCUGUACUGUUCCAAACUGGACCUUUGCACUGCACAGUGUGGAUAGCUGCUGAGGGAGAUAAAGAACAAAAGAAAGAGGGAAAUCCUUCCUAGACAAUCUCCCUCUCACACACCUGUGAGGGCUCCUUCUCAGACAAAAGCACAGCCGAGGAUAGGAGGAACAAAAAGAAAAUUAGAAUCUAAGAAGAAAAGGCUAGAGGAGACUUUUAGUCCACUCUUCAUCCCUCCAUUCAUCCCUCCGUCUCUCUUUCUCCCAUUCCCACCUGUGAGGAUUAAUUGGACCGGAGCAGCAUGGCGCAUGCUGCCUCACAGAUCAAGAAAAGGGCGGAUGAGAACCUCAAUGCUGCAGAGGAAGAGAAGGAGAAGAAGAAGGCGGCGAGGAAGCGUUCCCGCGAAGUGAAGAAAAAGACUGAUGUAAAUGCCUGUUAUCUGCGAUCAGCCCGGGCCGGGAACCUAGAGAAAGCUUUGGACUACCUGAAGAAUGGAGUCGACAUAAAUAUUUGCAAUCAGAAUGGCCUGAAUGCUCUCCAUCUGGCCUCGAAGGAGGGCCAUGUGGAAGUGGUGGCUGAGCUCAUCAAGCAUGGUGCCAAUGUGGACGCAGCUACCAAGAAAGGAAACACAGCCCUCCACAUAGCUUCCCUUGCUGGCCAGACAGAAGUGGUGAAGGAACUCGUCACCCACAGCGCCAAUGUCAAUGCACAGUCGCAGAAUGGCUUCACUCCGCUGUAUAUGGCGGCGCAGGAGAACCACAUGGAUGUGGUGCAGUUCUUAUUGGACAACGGCUCCAGUCAGAGCAUCGCCACUGAGGAUGGUUUCACUCCUCUGGCAGUGGCGUUGCAGCAGGGCCAUGACCAGGUGGUUUCCCUCCUACUGGAAAACGACACCAAGGGGAAGGUCCGCCUGCCAGCGCUGCACAUCGCCGCACGGAAAGAUGACACCAAGGCCGCCGCGCUUCUCCUCCAGAAUGACCACAACGCUGACGUAGAGUCCAAGAUGAUGGUGAAUAGAACAACAGAGAGCGGUUUCACUCCUCUCCACAUCGCGGCUCACUAUGGAAAUAUCAACGUAGCAACACUCCUGCUUAACAGAGGGGCAGCUGUGGACUUCAAGGCGAGGAAUGACAUAACACCACUGCACGUAGCAUCCAAACGUGGGAAUAGCAACAUGGUGCGACUGCUGCUGGAGAGAGGGGCCAAGAUAGAUGCACGGACCAAGGAUGGUCUGACUCCACUUCACUGUGGUGCCAGGAGUGGCCAUGAGCAGGUGGUGGAGAUGCUGCUGGAUAGAGGAGCUCCAAUACUGUCAAAGACCAAGAACGGCUUGUCUCCCCUCCACAUGGCAACACAGGGCGACCACCUCAACUGCGUCCAGCUGCUGCUGCACCACGAGGUGCCCGUGGACGACGUGACCAAUGACUACCUGACAGCGCUGCAUGUGGCUGCCCACUGUGGGCACUACAAGGUGGCAAAGGUCAUCGUGGACAAGAAGGCCAACCCCAACGCCAAGGCACUGAAUGGUUUCACCCCCCUGCACAUUGCCUGUAAGAAAAACAGAGUCAAGGUGAUGGAGCUACUUCUGAAGCAUGGAGCGUCUAUACAGGCAGUCACUGAGUCCGGUCUGACUCCGAUCCACGUUGCAGCAUUUAUGGGACAUGAUAACAUUGUCCACCAGCUAAUCAACAAUGGGGCUUCACCAAACACAAGCAAUGUGAGGGGAGAGACAGCUCUCCACAUGGCAGCGAGGGCAGGACAGUCAAAUGUGGUCCGAUAUCUGAUCCAGAAUGGAGCACAAGUCGAUGCCACAGCCAAGGACGACCAGACUCCGCUGCACAUCUCAAGCCGUCUUGGUAAACAAGACAUUGUCCACCAGCUGCUGGCAAACGGAGCAUGCCCAGAUGCCACGACCACCUCCGGAUACACACCCUUACACCUGGCCGCCAGGGAGGGACACAGAGAUGUGGCUUCAUCGCUGCUGGACCAAGGAGCUAGUCUGGACAUUAUUACCAAGAAGGGCUUCUCUCCUUUGCAUGUGGCUGCAAAGUACGGGAAGAUCGAGGUCGCCAACCUGCUGCUGCAGAAAAACGCUCCGUCUGAUGCUGCAGGGAAGAGUGGACUAACUCCACUGCAUGUGGCAGCACACUAUGAUAACCAGAAGGUGGCGCUGCUCUUGCUCAACCAGGGAGCUUCACCGCAUGCUGCUGCAAAGAACGGCUACACACCACUCCACAUUGCAGCUAAGAAGAAUCAGAUGGAGAUAGCCACCACGUUACUGGAGUACGGUGCCUCCACCAACACAGUAACACGCCAGGGAAUCACGCCUUUGCACCUCGCAGCACAGGAAGGCAACGUGGACAUAGUGACACUGCUGCUGGCUCGAGACGCUCCCAUAAACAUGGGUAAUAAGUCCGGUCUGACUCCGCUCCACCUGGCUGCCCAGGAGGAUAAAGUCAAUGUUGCUGAGGUCUUAGUCAACCAGGGAGCUACUAUAGAUCCUGAGACCAAGCUGGGAUACACUCCUCUCCAUGUGGCCUGUCACUAUGGCAACGUGAAGAUGGUCAAUUUCCUGCUGAAAAAUCAGGCGAAGGUCAAUGCUAAGACAAAGAACGGUUACACACCUCUUCAUCAGGCUGCACAGCAGGGACACACACACAUCAUCAACUUGCUGCUACAUCAUGGAGCAUCACCCAACGAACUCACAGCUAAUGGGAACAGUGCUCUGUCCAUUGCCAGGAGGCUCGGCUACAUCUCUGUAGUUGACACACUCAAAGUGGUCACAGAGGAAACUCUUACCACUCAGACUGUGAUAGAGAAGCACAAGAUGAAUGUUCCCGAGACAAUGAACGAGGUGCUGGACAUGUCCGAUGAUGAAGUUUGUAAAGCCAAUGUCCCCGAAAUGAUCACAGAGGACUAUAUAUCUGAUGUGGAAGAAGAGAUGGAUGUUGGAAAUAUCUGCAUCAGCUAUUCCUGUGAUGAUGCAAUGACGGGGGACACAGACAAAUAUCUGGCCCCCCAGGACCUGCGGGAGCUGGGCGACGACUCGCUCCCUCAGGAGGGCUACAUGGGCUUCAGCGUUGGUGCGCGGUCACAGAGUCCCAAAGUCAGCCUGCGUUCCUUCAGUUCUGAUAGGUCCAACACGCUGAACCGGAGCUCAUUCACACGGGACAGCAUGAUGAUAGAGGAGAUGCUGGCACCCAAUAAGGAGAUGAUGCUCUGUAAGGAAAAGUCUUUCAUUGUAGAGCAACACAAUAAGCAUUUGGCGGUGGCUAAGGACUUUGACAACGACUCUCUGAGGAGGUACAGUUGGACUGCAGAUGCACUGGAUAAUGUCAACCUAGUCUCCUCACCAAUACACUCUGGUUUUUCCUCUCCGCUCCCGCAGUACGACAGCAGGUUCCUGGUCAGCUUCAUGGUCGACGCCAGGGGCGGCUCUAUGAGAGGAAGUCGCCACAAUGGCAUGCGCAUCAUCAUCCCGCCCAGAAAGUGCACAGCACCCACCAGGAUCACCUGUCGACUGGUCAAGAGACACAAACUGGCAUCUCCUCCUCCGAUGGUGGAAGGAGAAGGCCUGGCCAGCCGACUGGUUGAGGUCGGUCCGGCAGGAGCUCAGUUCCUCGGGCCUGUGAUAGUGGAGAUCCCUCAUUUUGGCUCCAUGCGGGGCCAGGAGAGAGAGCUGAUCCUACUGCGCAGCGAGAACGGAGAAUCCUGGAAGGAGCAUCUGUACGACUACAAGACUGACGACCUCAACCAGCUCCUCAGUGGGAUGGAUGAAGAACUGGACAGUCCCGAAGAGCUGGAGAGGAAGAGAAUCUGCCGCAUCAUCACCAAGGACUUCCCACAGUACUUUGCUGUAGUGUCUCGAAUCAGGCAGGAGACCAAUCAGAUGGGACCAGAGGGCGGGACUCUGUGCAGCCGGAGUGUCCCAUUGGUUCAAGCUUCCUUCCCUGAGGGGGCAUUAACCAAGAAGAUCAAAGUUGGACUGCAGGCCCAGCCAGUACCUGACGAGACAGUGAAGAAGAUCCUUGGUAACCGAGCAACCUUCAGCCCCAUCGUUACCGUGGAGCCCAGACGAAGGAAGUUCCACAAGCCCAUCACCAUGACAAUCCCAGUCCCGCCCCUCUCAGGGGAGGGGCUUACCAACGGCUACAAAGGAGACUGUACUCCAUGUCUCCGCCUUCUCUGUAGCAUCACAGGUGGAACGUCUCCAGCACAGUGGGAAGACAUCACUGGCACAACUCCUCUCACCUUCGUCAAUGACUGUGUCUCCUUCACCACCAAUGUAUCUGCCAGGUUCUGGUUAGCAGACUGCCACCAGAUCCCAGAGACAGUGGGCUUGGCCACGCAGCUGUACAGGGAGCUGAUCUGUGUGCCCUACAUGGCCAAGUUUGUGGUGUUUGCCAAGAUGAACGACCCAGUGGAGUCCAGACUGAGGUGCUUCUGUAUGACGGACGACAAGGUGGAUAAGACCCUGGAGCAGCAGGAGAACUUUGAAGAGGUGGCCAGGAGCAAAGACAUAGAGGUUCUGGAGGGCAGGCCCAUCUAUGUGGAUUGCUAUGGAAACUUGGCUCCUCUGACUAAAGGUAGUCAGCAAUUAGUUUUUAACUUCUACGCCUUCAAGGAGAACCGUUUGCCCUUCUGUGUCAAGGUGAGAGAUCCCAGCCAGGAGCCCUGCGGUCGUCUUACAUUCCUCAAAGAGUGUAAGACCAUAAAAGGCCUCCCACAAACCGCUGUGUGCAACCUGAACAUCACACUUCCUGCAGUGAAAAAGGAAAUGGAGUCAGAUGCCGAGGAUGAGACUGAAAAGCCAGAGCGACGUCAUACCUUUGCAUCCCUAGCCUUACGUAAGCGCUACAGCUAUCUGGCCGAGCCUGCACUGAAAACAACAGUUGAGCGAAGCACAACAGCAAGAACACUGCCUGCUGGUUACCCUCACAAACCUGUCUUUCCAACCAGACCUUACCCACCAUGGUCGACUGCUCCUAUUACCGUCCCUGGCCAAACAAGGCCCAUCGGAGUGGGGGGUUCCCUCACCUCUACCGAUUCAUCGGCAGGCUCACCAGCUGCUUCUCCAUUGAAAACUACCUGGCCCCUCUCCUCCCCGUCACAUGCAUGCCCUGCAACUAUCAAAGCCACCCUGGGAGCUCCACCACCAGUACCUACCCUGUCAUCCCCAGUUAAAUCAGUUAGCGACAUAGUGUCCUCAUCCCCCAUCAGGUCUUACAGGACUAUGCCAUCACCCAUUAAAACUGUUGUCCAGCUGGGUCAGUACCCUAUCCAGGGGUCUGCCAGCCUUGUGUCCUCUGGAAGCCCAUGUAAACCUGCUACAGAUCCAGCAUCUAUCAAAAGCCUUGCUUCAGCAUACACAUCAAGGACUUCCCCACUUCACUCAAUACCCAAUGGUUCUGUACCAGAGUGGUCAUCAGCUUCUAUUACUGCUCCAGCAUCACCAAAGACACCUUACAACAUGUACAAUUCUAAUCUGCCUUUUAAAACUGCCCUUGGAUCCACAGUUGUGACAGAUGCAGGUGCACCUAACCUUUCUUCUGUUAAAAGCAUCUCCAGCCUGUCCUCUUUGAAAACCCCUGUAGAUUCAACGCUCUCAUCCAGAGGAGGGAGGUCAUCCCUCUCGUCUCUCUCCUCAACUGGGCAGACAACCAUUGCUUCCUCAGAAUUGUCCAUGAUGAACGGAUCGGUCUCUCCUGUUAAAUAUCCAUCCUCCUCCUCCACACCAUCCUCCCCUUCUUCUCGCCAUCUCUCAGAGAGAAGUAGCAGCCUUCAGGAGAGGAUCCAGGCCACCACCCAGGCAGCAACUUCCGGUGUCAGUGCAGCCAUAAAUGAAGCUAUAGACUCAUAUUCUGUGUCAGGCUAUGGCACUCUUAAAUCACUGUCCUCCUCGCGUAGGUCUGCAACAGCAAGCUCUGCUUACGGUUCUCUGAGAUCUGUAGCUGCCUCCUCCAGCUCUGCAAUUUCAUCUAAUACGGUGACUGUACCUGUGUAUUCGUUAGUCAAUGUCAUUCCAGAGACCCCUGUCAAACCAGGGCCAGGGUCUCUCAAAAUGGCACCGCCUGAUUCUCCUCGUGCCUCAUCCUCGUCUUCUUCCUCUUUGUCUUCCUGUGUUACUGCAUCAAAAAUAAAGUCCCAACUGAAAUCCCCUCCAUUUAUCACACCACCCAUCAUCCACCGAACUGCAACUUCCAACCAGGAGAUACUAAAAGAUGUAGCAGACAUGAAAGAGGAUCUGAUCAGAAUGACAGCUAUCCUACAGACAGACACACAGACAGCAGCUAAAACUGUCCAAACAUCACAUACUGGCACUCCUAAAGAGACCAAGUUAGAGGAAGAGGAGCCAUUUACUCUAGUGGAGAAAGUGAAAGAAGAUUUAGUGAAAGUCAGUGAGAUAUUACAGAAAGAUAUCAUGAGUGAAGGUAAGGCCAUUGCAGGUAAAGAGAGAGCCUCAGAGGAUGAAUGGGAGGAAUUUACCAAAGAUGAGAUUGAGGAGGCACAAAGAAGUGCCCUCUCAGACUAUUACCCUCCUUUUGAUGAAAACACACUCCUGCUCAAGCACCAGUCCAUGUCAAGCAAAGACUUAGAGUUAGCUAAAGUAGUCGAUUUUUUAACAAAUGACAUUGGUGCUAGCUCUCUCUCCAAAAUGGCAGAGUUGAAAUGUAGGUACGAGGAGGAGGCAAAAAGGGAAGGGGAAGAGAAACAGAAACGUGUUCUCAAACCAUCUAUGUCGAUACAAGAGCACAAACUCAAAAUGCCUCCACCAGUCUCAGGCAUGCUUAGGUCUCCCUCAGAGAAGGACCUAAGCAAACUUGCUGAAUCAUAUCAGGGGGCAGACACUAUUUUGGAAUCACCUGAGGACCUGUCUCAUGAGCAAGAUAAGAGUCCCCUGUCAGACAGCGGGUUUGAGACCAGGAGUGAAAAGACGCCCUCUGCUCCUCAGAGUGCAGAGAGUACAGGACCUAAGCCUUUAUUCACAGAUUCACCCAUCCCUCCCUGUGUAACUGAGACCAGGACUGAAGUGGUCCACAUUAGGAGCUAUGAUGAUCCUUGUGAGCCUGUACUCAUGGAGGAGGCUGCAUCUGCUCCUCCUUCUAUAGAGCCAGAUGCAGCUUCAACGAGAUCCAUCAAAGCCUUACAGAUGAAAAUGUCAGAAGAGGACUCCAUGAUGAACAAAAGUAUGUGUCUUAAAGAGGAAACUCAUAUUACUACUACUACUAGAAUGGUCUAUCACAAGCCCCAACUGACUGAUGGCACAGAGAUGAUAGAGGAAGCUAUGUCAGUUAGAGAUAUCAUGAAAGCUUUCCAGUCAGGUAGGGAUCCAUCUAAAGAACUGGCAGGCCUUUUUGAACAUAAAGCUAGCCAGGAUUCUGUCAAAGGUGAUGAGCUGACUCCUAGAUUUCUUGACAGAGACAUUAAAUCCAAACCCAAAGUUGAAAGGAUAAUCGAGGUUCAUAUUGAAAAGGGCCACAGCACAGCAGAGCCGACAGAGGUUAUUAUCAGGGAAACCAAGAAACACCCUGAGCUUUAUGUCUACAAAGGGGACCAUGGAAUUAAGGAACUUACUGAUUACGAUGAGGCCCAACAGGAAGAAGAGGAGCUUACUGCCGAAGAAUCCCUGCCCUCCUUCCUAGAAACAUCUCGCGUUAACACCCCAGUGUCACAGGAGGAGGACAGUCGCCCAAAUUCUGCCCAGCUAAUAGCAGAUGAUUCAUAUAAAGCCCUGAAACUACUGAGCCAGCACUCGAUAGAAUACUGUGAUGAUGAGCUAUCAGAAAUCAGAGGCGAGUCAUAUAGGUUUGCUGAGAAAAUGCUCCUCUCAGAGAAACUUGAUGUGUCAUCGUCUCACUCUGACACAGAGGACUCAGCAUUGGUGACUGACAAAAACCGCCACCUAGUUUCUGAGGAGAGUGGUUGCCGUGGCUCUGAGAACAUGAGUCAGCAGCAUGGAAGCCCCAAAAGAGAGUUUGUUUCUAAGUCAUCAAAAGAUGGGUCCCCUAAAUCUGGUAAAUUCUUGCACAGGGAUGAACCAUCUCAGUUUGAUAAGGUGACAGUGCUCCAUUACUCCACAGAACAGGGCAGCCCCAAACAUGCUGUUUGGAUGCGAUUUACAGAGGAUAAACAUGACAGGAGCAGGGAUAAGCUCCUUUAUGAGGAUAGGGUGGACCAAACUGUAAAGGAAGCUGAAGAAAAACUCAGUGAGGUAUCACAGUUCUUCCGUGACAAAACAGAGAAGCUCAAUGAUGAGCUGCAGUCCCCUGAGAAAAAGCCUGUGAGACGAGAGCAAAAGGAACCUCGGUCCUGGCCUAGCUCAGCUUGCAGUAGCCCUGAGAAAACACAGCAGAAACCUAAAGCAGGAGAAGAGGGCUUAGGUAAAAGCAAACUCAGGGAGCCUGCUGUUGGUAAAAUAUUUGGUAGUACCACUACAACUGAAAAGAAAAGCUCAAGCUUACCAAGCAGUCCCCAGAAAAGCAUGCUCUCUCAUAUCAAUGAGGAUCAAAUUAAACAAAAAACUAAAACCAGUGAGUCUGAACCCUCUUCUCCCGCUCAUGUAAAAUCAACAUCCAAAGUCAGUGCUGUGAGGAUGAAGUUUGAAUCUGAGGCUCAGAAACAAAGUCAGUCUAGUCCAACCAAAAUUCCUCCUCCAGUGCAGCCAAAACCUUCAAUAAAGAAAUUACAGGAGAGCAAACUUCCUGUUUAUCAGUUUUGUGCAGGAGGAAAAGCAUCAAAAGUAUCUGAAAUAUCAGAAGAAGGAAGCCUGAAAAAGGAUGUUGAGAAGGACAUAUGUGCUGCCACUGACAGCAGUAAACCUGCUUUGAUAUCAUCAACAUCUAAAGCCCCAAAACAUACAGUAGACAAGUUGCCAAACAAAAACAUCCCAGAGGCCUCACCGGAAAGACAAAUUAGUGAAACUGAGUCUCAAAAGGCAACUAGUAAAGGGAAAGAUAUCCAUUCCAGUGUUACUCAGGAAAUUAAAGAAAGCAAUAAAGGUCAGAAAGUUCAGACACCUGUUGUUCAUGAUACUACUAGAUUACUAGAGAAAGAUAGUGAUGCUAAAAAGUACCAACAAGUCACAAAAAGUGAGUCUGCCUCCAAAGAAGUAAUAGCUGAGGUGUCAAGAAAAGACACAGAAGAACCACUAAACAAAAACCUUAGAAAAAAGACAGAAUCCCAAAUUCCUGUAAGAUUGUCUUCUACUUUAGAUAAUGACCUCAUAAAGAAACAGACAAUAACUAAACCCUCACAGAUACCUACAUUAUCUAAGAGCAAAAUGCAGACGAAUCUUGAGACAACCUCUGCAAAAACAGAUGAAAAUCUCACUUUUGAAAUUCUAGAUAAUGCACCCAAAGAUUCCAACUCAAAUAACCUUCCCAGCCCUAGAGAGACACUGGAGAAAGUCAUAACCCCUCCAACUGCUAUAACAACCAAAGAGAAUUUCAAGGGCAUCAAAACAUUACCUGUUUAUGUCAGUGUCCAGGUGGGAAGGCAGGGAGAGAGAGAGGCCAAAGGUGCUCUGUAUACAGUCAAACAGAAAUCAAACUCAGCCCUCAGCCCCAUAAGCCCUGAUGAUGACACACUUGAACAGGUCUCUUUCAUAGAUAGCUCAGGGAAAAGCCCCCUUACACCAGAGACCCCCAGCUCUGAGGAGGUCAGCUAUGACCUCACGUCCAGGACCCCUGAUUGCUUUAUGGGAUUUAUGCCAGGGAAACCCAGCCCCAUCAUGGAGGUAUCUGAAGAAUCAGAGGAAGAUGACCAAGGCAAAGUUGUUUUCUCUUUUAAAGAAGGCCUACCAGAGAGUAAAACUAGUGUUCACACCACCCAAGCAGACCUUGCUAAUGCUAAUAAGCAAGAAACAAAAAUUAAUGAUAACCAGCAGGAAUUAAGUAAUAAUUUCAACCAGCAAGAAACAACAUGCAAUAUCAGGCAUGAUGAAAUGACAGGGCAAGAGCAGCAAGAAGUCUCAAAAGACAAAGGUAUCGCAUAUAUUGAGUUCCCUCCCCCUCCUCCUCUGGACUCGGUUUCAGAAAUUUCAGACCCAGAAAGGAAAGGUUCCUGUGCUUCUUCAGAGACUGAGACAGAAAUGAUGGAGGUGAAUUUACAGGAAGAACAUGACAAGCAUCUGCUGACAGAGCCAAUUAUACGUAUCCAACCCCCUACCCCGGUGCUCCCUGGGGCAGAUGACAGUCAAUCAAAUGAUGAAGAGGCAGACGAAGAGGAGGAUGAGUCAAUCUUCCAACCAAUACCUUGUAAGAAAUUAAAUUUUCCCGAGGAGGAGGAGAAGAAGAAGGAAAAGGCAUCUAAAUCCAAAAAACAUGACAAAAAUGGAAACAACAAUGAACCUCAAGGUGGGACAAAUGGCUCCAAUGGUUCCAAUGGUUCUAAAGGUUCUAAUGGCAAAGGAGAGGACUAUGAAUAUGAACAAAAUGGAAAUGACCAGUCAAUAACAGACUGUUCAAUAGCCACAACGGCUGAAUUUUCUCAUGACACAGAUGCAACAGAGAUAGACUCCCUAGAUGGAUAUGAACUUCAGGAUGAGGAUGAUGGCCUGUGUGAGCAGGCGGAUUUACGGCUGUUUGGUCUUCCAGACAGCAGGAGAGACGUCUGGGCAACAGACACAUUUAGGUCCACUGACCGCUCUUUUCCCCCGACCAAACUGGAAGUUAUUGAAGAGGAGAAAACCCCAGAGGAAUGCCAAAGAGACACUUUCAAAAAAGAUACCCCCUCAGAUGGUGAAAGACUGGAUGGUGUUAGUAAGGAUGGGGUUAAAAGUCAGGAACAAAAACACUCAGAUAAAGAGGGAUUUUCAGACACUUACUUUAGUUAUAAAUUAGAAGAGGAGUUUAACUCUCCUUUUAAGACUGUUGCCACUAAAGGGCUGGACUUUGAUCCCUGGCCCAGUAAAGGUGGAGAAGAAGAAGUCGUUGACAUGGGAGGGACACGGGGAAGCAAUGGUGAGCCUAAGCCUUUUGGACUGGCAGUGGACGACCAGUCUCAGGCCACAACACCAGACACUACCCCAGCCCGAACACCAACGGAUGAUAGCACACCGACGAGCGAGCCAAACCCAUUCCCCUUCCAUGAAGGGAAGAUGUUUGAGAUGACACGCAGUGGUGCGAUUGACAUGAGCAAGAGGGACAUGGUGGAGGAGAGGCUCCAGUUUUUUCAGAUUGGCCCUCAGAGUCCCUGUGAGAGAACAGACCUCCGCAUGGCAAUAGUAGCCGACCAUCUCGGACUCAGCUGGACUGAGCUGGCCAGGGAGCUGGAAUUCUCUGUGGACGAGAUCAACUUCAUCAGAGUGGAGAACCCCAAUUCCCUGACAGCACAGAGCUUCACGCUCCUAAAGAAAUGGGUGCACAGGGACGGUAAAAAUGCCACAACGGAUGCUUUAACUGCGGUGCUGACUAAGAUCAAUCGGUUGGAUAUUGUGACUUUGCUGGAAGGGCCCAUAUUUGACUACGGUAACAUUUCAGGCACACGCUGCUUUGCCGAUGAUAACGCAGUAUUCCCGGAUCAGUCCGAUGGAUACCACAAUAUAGAGCUGGAGCUGCAAACCCCCUCAGACCUGAACUACGAGCCCCCCACCCCACUGCGCUCAGACGACUUCUUUAGCGAGGGCGAUGCUAGCGCAGACUCCCCUAGCAAGACCAUGCUUACUAGACCUAGCGAACUCUCUCUCACUCAGACCACCAGUACCUCCAGCAGUGACCCCCUCACCGUUGCCCCAGCCACCGGCUCCAAUGCCCCACAGCCCCCCAUUGUUGGGGCCGAAGAUACAACCUUGACCACAGGAGAAAGAGGGAUGUCUGCAGAGGAAAAGACAGGGCUGGUUUCUUAUGAGAGGCCGGAUAAUGACAGAAGGGCAGUAGAGCAAUCAGGAAAGGGAACAGACAGGCAUGCUGAGGCCUUAGAGAAAGAACUGAAGGCAGGGCAAGGAGUUGUUUUAGAGCGUCAGGGAGGAAACCAAAAAGAGGAUGCUGCCUCAGACACUGGUCAUGGAAAUGGAAGGCAGGAAGAAGAAGAAGAGGAGGAGGAGAUGACCCAGGAGAGGCUGCAGAGUCUACUGGAGGAUAUAAAGCUGGAGGGAGGCUUGGAGGAUGAGGAGAUCUCAGAGGAGAGGGUGAAUGCAAUCCUCGAACAAGUACAGCAAGCAGAAAAAGACGUGUAUUCAGUUCCAGGCUGGACAAGUGAGACGUCCGACGUGAUCGCAGAGUCGGCAGCCCCUGGCCACAGCCCCGGCACUGAGGAGGGCAGCCCUGACAGUUUGGCUGAUUCAUUAGAGCAGCCCCCGGCUCAGACCGACAGACAGAAUGGAGGUCACGGUGACGAAACCAGGGAAGGAAAGGAAAAGGAGAACAAGAGGAAGGGACCUCAGGAGGACAGCAGCACAGUGGGACCAAGCAGAGGACGGGAGGAGGGAGGUGAAAGGUCCCAGCACAAAGUCCAGGGGAGUGUUAGAGCUGACAAGUCCGGCUCUGAUGAGGAGACCACUGUCACCACCAGGGUGUACCGCAGAAGAGUCAUACUCAAGGGAGAGGAGGCCAAAAACAUUCCUGGAGAGUCUGUGACGGAGGAGCAGUUCACAGAUGAAGACGGGAAUCUGGUCACCAGAAAAGUGAUCAGAAAGGUGGUGCGCCGUGUGGUCAACAUGGAGGAAAGGAUGGAAAGUGAAGGCGAAACUGUUACAGAAGAAGGAGCUGGUGUUGGUGGUGGUGUAGCGACAGGUGCUGCUUCUUCAGCAGGAGCAGCAGCAGCAGGAGCCACAGGGGGGAAGGGCAAGAAGAGGGGGAAGCGCUCCCGACAGGGCCACAAGGCCGAGGAGGCCCAGAGAGGGAAAACUGAGCCUGGAGACCGCGCCAGCAAGAAAGAAGGGAAGAAGAGUCAGUCAUAACAGUAGAGCUCUCAACUAAACCAGGUCCACUGACGUCCACCUGCGACACCACACACACCCUGGGAGGAAAAACGGACUGGAAGCCUCGUCAAUCGGCCAAAACGUGUCUGAAGCUUUCACUUACAACGCAUGGUUUUCAGCAAGACAACGCAAAACUACUACUUUUCUUUGAUUUCGCAUGAGCAUGUCACCAAACUCACUCACUGUUGGAAACAAAACACCGAAGGACACGUGUGGACGUGAGCUGGAACUUUCUUAUCUUUGAUAAAUGAAAGCCGUCUGUGACCAACGAUGGCACAAACAGGAAAAACAAGAAGCGAACUGCUGACAGAUAAGGAUGACGUGUGAUCCACUCUCUCUCAGACACUCGCCUUAUAUGGUCUAUUUUUUCCUCCUGGACCCACAGUAUUGGGGUGUAUCAUGUGGUUCUUUUUUUUAAAAAUGAAAUAUAAUAGUAAAUGGGUGACUUUGUUGUAUAUAAAUGACUGUAUAAAAUCAAAAACAAAAAAAAACAAGAUCAGUAGCUUCACAGAUUGUUUAUGCACUGAUUUGAGUUGACGAAGCUUUGCAGAGUCGGUGCGUUUGUAUUGAGAGGUCGACACUGUGUGAGCAGCCUUGAGUGUGUGACCUGACAUGCUCUUCCAAAUGAAUACAAAAAGGAACAAAAAAAAGCUGUAUGUAAAUGACAAACGAAUGGAGUGGGAAAAAAACUGCUUGAUUUUAAACAAAGGACAUUUCUUUAAAGCCAACAGCUACUUCCGCUCUGUCUGUGGAACAUUCUUCGUCUUCAGAGAAAUAAUAUUUUGCUGCAUGUGGCGUCACUUUAUUUUUAACGCUUUCCUUUUUUUUCCUCCUAAUUCAAAGCACUGUAAUACAAUUAGAGAGGGUUUUGAUGGUACUUCUGUCUUUGUGAGCACUCAUAAUAACCCAACCAUCUGUCAUCUAUAACUGUUUUUAUUUUAUUUUUUACAAAAAUGAAAACACACACUCCACACUCGAGUGGCAAAGAUAGCAAAGCUUCGUUCUUAUGCUUCAGGAAGAUCAGUGUCCCCCGAAUGUAACCUGCAGACUGGCACAAUGUGUUAUCUCCAAACUGCUAGCAGCCUGGUGUGCGUGCAACAUCAAAUCAAAAUGUCUAUCUGUAAGCCCAUCAUGCAUACUAGAAGUGUACGUUUAAGCUUUUAGGUCUGCUGUGGUUUUAAAAAGGGGACUGUUUUCAUUUUGAUGGUUUGAUGACUUGAUCUUUAUUUAAUAGGUUGUAAUUACAUGAGAACAGAGAAUCUCAUUUUAGCCCCAUUAUCGAAAUCUUGUCCUUUUCACUAAUGGCUAAAUCACAUAAAUCACAGUAUUGAUCACACAUUGUUCAAAAUCUGAUCUUCUGUUCCUGUGUUUUUUUUUCUUUCUGUUUGUCUUUUUUCAUACAAAACCACCCCAAGCAUCCAUUGUUGAUGAUAAAUCUGGUACCAACAUGUAUGACAAACCAACAUAGCCUACACUGGAUGAUCCAAGUAAUUAUUUAAGCAGAAAAAUAAAUUGUGUUUAAACUGAA